UGCAAACAAGGUAACGCCUCGAGAACUUUGCCUGUUUCCUCAGACCAGACGGAGGAUGGCUCUGCUGGGGUUGGUCUUCAUUUUUGUGCUCCAGUUUGGGGUGGUCAACAGUCAAGAGAAGAUUUAUCGCAUCUUCCAACCUGAACAAGACGCCACCCUGCCCUGUGGCUCUCCGUCAUCCUCUGGACCUCUGCAGUGCUCUGAUAUUUCAUGGCUUUAUAACAGAGAUCCAUCAGAGACCGUUAUGGAGGCAAGCAGUGGGGAGGUGAAGCAGACGUCGUCCCGAGCUGACCGGCUGAGUUUGGACUCCAACUGUUCUUUGGUCAUUAAACAUGUCACUGCUGAGGAUGUUGGUCUCUACACGUGUCGACGGGGUGAUUCUGAUCCUUACGAUGUAAAUGUGUAUCUCAGUGUUUUUACAGUCUUUCCCACACCAACGGACUCUGAUCCAAGGAGCCCCAUUAAACCCAGAUUAGAGUGUUCUCUGCUGAGAUACAGAAGUUUGAGUUCCUGUCAACCAAACAGUCUCCUCUGGGUGGAUGAGAACGGAGCUGUGAUUACUGACGGUGUUACAGAGAGUUCCAGAGAUGCAGACUGUUUCUCUGACCUGAAUUUGACGCAUCAGAUCAGCAACAAUGAGAAAUUGACCUGCCAGUCUGUUAACGAGGAGAACAAUGUGGAGAUACAGGCUGACUACACACCUUUCCAACCAGGAACUCGGUGUAAGACAACCGCUAAAGCUGACAUCGUGCUGCUGAUGGACGAUUCCGGGAGUAUCUCCUCUAGAGACUUCAGAACCAUCCGCCGCUUCAUCGCUGACAUAGUUGGAAUGUUUGACAUCGGCCCUGACAGAGUUCAGAUCGGUCUGACUCAGUACAGUACUAGACCAAGAACCCAGUGGCACCUGAACGCCCACAGAACCAAGAAAUCCCUGAUGAAUGAUGUUAACAAGCUGCAGCAAGAAGGAGGCCUCACCAACACAGGACGGGCUCUGACACACAUCCUGGAGAAUGACUUCCAACCCAACGUUGGGAUGCGAGAGGACUCACGAAAAAUCCUCAUCCUCUUUACGGAUGGAGACUCCUCUGACCAAGUUACCAUGCCGUCACAAAACCUGAGGGAUAAUGGCAUCGAGCUGUACGCCAUCGGUGUGGGUGAUGCUGUUCUGAUCAAGUUGAAGUCCAUCGUCUCUGACCCACAUGACACUCACGUGUACUACGUCAGUGACUUUUAUGAUCUGCGUUACAUCACCAACAGUCUCACUGACAACGUGUGUGACAGCAUCAAGGGUCCAGUACGCAGCAGUCAGAAAGACUUCUAUCACUUCUCCCUACCUGAACAAGUCGUCACCCUGCCCUGUGGUACUCCGUCCCCCUCUGGACCUCUCCCAUGCUCCGACAUGUCCUGGUUUUAUAGCAGAGCUUCAUCAGAGUUUUUUACUGAGGCCAACGAAGGAAAGGUUAAUCCCAGGUCAGUCCGAGCUGGUCGGCUGAGUUUGGACUCCGACUGUUCGUUGGUCAUCAAACGUGUCACUGAUGAGGAUGUUGGUCUCUACACGUGUGGCCGUAAUUAUGAUGAUCGUUACAGCGUCAGAGUGUAUCUCAGUCUGUUUUUAAUCUCUCCAAAACCGACAGACUCUGAUCCAACGAGCAACAAUGAACUCCAGUUAGAGUGUUCUCUGUUCAGAUUCAGAGAUCUUCAUCUUUGUCCACCAUACCGUCUCCUCUGGGUGAAUGAGACAGGAGCUGAGAUUACUGACGGUGUUACAAAGACUUUCAGAGAUGAAGGCUGUUUCUCUGACCUGACUGUGACUCGUCAGAGCGGACACAACAAGACAUUCACCUGCCAGGUUGUUGAUGAGGAGAACAAUGUGGAGAUACAGGCCGACUACACACCUGUCUUCACAGGACGCAGCAGUCAAACAGACUUCUAUCACUUCUCCCUACCUGAACAAGACGUCACCCUGCCCUGUGGUACUCCGUCCCCCUCUGGACCUCUCCCAUGCUCUGACAUGUCCUGGUUUUAUAGCAGAGCUUCAUCAGAGGCUUUUACUGAGGCCAACGAAGGAAAGGUUAAUCCCAGGUCUCUCCGGGCUGGUCGGCUGAGUUUGGACUCCGACUGUUCGUUGGUCAUCAAACGUGUCACUGAUGAGGAUGUUGGUCUCUACACGUGUCGCUGUAAUUAUGAUGAUGGUUACAGCGUCAGAGUAUAUGUCAGUCUGUUUUUAAUCUCUCCAAAACCGACAGACUCUGAUCCAACGAGCAACAAUGAACUCCAGUUAGAGUGUUCUCUGUUCAGAUUCAGAGAUCUUCAUCUUUGUCCACCAUACCGUCUCCUCUGGGUGAAUGAGACAGGAGCUGAGAUUACUGAUGGUGUUACAGAGACUUUCACAGAUGAGGGCUGUUUCUCUGACCUGACUGUGACUCGUCAGAGCGGACACAACAAGACAUUCACCUGCCAGGUUGUUGAUGAGGAGAACAAUGUGGAGGUACAGGCCGACUUCACACCUGUCUUCACAGGACGCAGCAGUCAAACAGACUUCUAUCACUUCUCCCUACCUGAACAAGACGUCACCCUGCCCUGUGGUACUCCGUCCCCCUCUGGACCUCUCCCAUGCUCUGACAUGUCCUGGUUUUAUAGCAGAGCUUCAUCAGAGGCUUUUACUGAGGCCAACGAAGGAAAGGUUAAUCCCAGGUCCCUCCGGGCUGGUCGGCUGAGUUUGGACUCCGGCUGUUCGUUGGUCAUCAAACGUGUCACUGAUGAGGAUGUUGGUCUCUACACGUGUCGCUGUAAUUAUGAUGAUGGUUACAGCGUCAGAGUAUAUGUCAGUCUGUUUUUAAUUUCUCCAAAACCGACAGACUCUGAUCCAACGAGCAACAAUGAACUCCAGUUAGAGUGUUCUCUGUUCAGAUUCAGAGAUCUUCAUCUUUGUCCACCAUACCGUCUCCUCUGGGUGAAUGAGACAGGAGCUGAGAUUACUGAUGGUGUUACAGAGACUUUCACAGAUGAGGGCUGUUUCUCUGACCUGACUGUGACUCGUCAGAGCGGACACAACAAGACAUUCACCUGCCAGGUUGUUGAUGAGGAGAACAAUGUGGAGGUACAGGCCGACUUCACACCUGUCUUCACAGGACGCAGCAGUCAAACAGACUUCUAUCACUUCUCCCUACCUGAACAAGACGUCACCCUGCCCUGUGGUACUCCGUCCCCCUCUGGACCUCUCCCAUGCUCUGACAUGUCCUGGUUUUAUAGCAGAGCUUCAUCACAGGCUUUUACUGAGGCCAACGAAGGAAAGGUUAAUCCCAGGUCCCUCCGGGCUGGUCGGCUGAGUUUGGACUCCGGCUGUUCGUUGGUCAUCAAACGUGUCACUGAUGAGGAUGUUGGUCUCUACACGUGUCGCUGUAAUUAUGAUGAUGGUUACAGCGUCAGAGUAUAUGUCAGUCUGUUUUUAAUUUCUCCAAAACCGACAGACUCUGAUCCAACGAGCAACAAUGAACUCCAGUUAGAGUGUUCUCUGUUCAGAUUCAGAGAUCUUCAUCUUUGUCCACCAUACCGUCUCCUCUGGGUGAAUGAGACAGGAGCUGAGAUUACUGAUGGUGUUACAGAGACUUUCAGAGAUGAGGGCUGUUUCUCUGACCUGACUGUGACUCGUCAGAGCGGACACAACAAGACAUUCACCUGCCAGGUUGUUGAUGAGGAGAACAAUGUGGAGGUACAGGCCGACUUCACACCUGUCUUCACAGUAUGCAGCAGUCGGAAAGACUUGUAUCACUUCUCCCUACCUGAACAAGACGUCACCCUGCCCUGUGGUACUCCGUCCCCCUCUGGACCUCUCCCAUGCUCCGACAUGUCCUGGUUUUAUAGCAGAGCUUCAUCACAGGCUUUUACUGAGGCCAACGAAGGAAAGGUUAAUCCCAGGUCCCUCCGGGCUGGUCGGCUGAGUUUGGACUCCGACUGUUCUUUGGUCAUCAAACGUGUCACUGAUGAGGAUGUUGGUCUCUACACGUGUCGCCGUAAUUAUGAUGAUGGUUACAGCGUCAGAGUGUAUCUCAGUCUGUUUUUAAUCUCUUUAAAACCGACAGACUCUGAUCCAACGAGCAACAGUGAACUCCAGUUAGAGUGUUCUCUGUUCAGAUUCAGAGAUCUUCGUCUUUGUCCACCAUACCGUCUCCUCUGGGUGAAUGAGACAGGAGCUGAGAUUACUGACGGUGUUACAGAGACUUUCAGAGAUGAAGGCUGUUUCUCUGACCUGACUGUGACUCGUCAGAGCGGACACAACAAGACAUUCACCUGCCAGGUUGUUGAUGAGGAGAACAAUGUGGAGAUACAGGCCGACUACACACCUGUCUUCACAGACUGGUCUCCUCUGAGCUCCAUCGUGCUCGUUCUGCAUAUUUUAGCUUUUGUUUUGAUGAUUAUUGUUUUGGUCUUCGCCCUGAGAGGUAACAUCAAACCAUGGCGUAAAGAUACCAGCAUGCUAGAGGAUAUCAUUGCAGCCGACUAUGAAAAUGAUGAAGCAUGUGGUGCUGUUUCCAUCAAACUGCAACGACUUCCAGAUCAAGAUUAAGUCAAGAGAAUGCCAAAUAUGAUUUUCUUUUUCUUUUCAUUGUGAUUAAUCUCCUGUUUUUUUGAAGCUUGAAAGUCCACUAUUUUGUUUCUGUUGCCGGGCAACCAGAGCAUUUGGCAGCAAAAAGAUACACUCUUGGUGCGCCGGUAGUCGAGUGGUUAAGGCGCAUGCCAAUGCAUGCGACCCGGGUUCAAAUCCGGCCCGUGGCACUAUUUCCUGCAUGUCUCUCCCCGCUCUCUCCCCUGUUUCCGACUCUAUCCACUGUCCUAUCAAAAUAAAGGCAAAAAGGCCAAAAAUAAAUCUUAAAAAAAGAUACACUCUUGAGUUAUAUCUUGUAAUUGUAGUGUUUUUUCACAAUUAAGCUGACAGCAAAUGUUGAAACUUAUGGCAACAAAGAAAACGGACAGUCCAGGACACGUUUGAAACAACAGGAAAUUUCCUUUAGGAAAACGAUGACAAAGAAGACCUCAGUCUUAACUACAACUCCUGGGUAGCUUAAAAUCUAAAAACUUUCAGUAACUGCCACAGAACACUGCCUGAGACGCUGACGUGACUUAACCAAAGUGUGCUGAAAGAGAAAAUAAAUCAUGCAAUAAUAUAUAUUACAAAAAAGCUUAAUUCUGGAUCUUAAUAAUUGUGAUUAAUGCAUUACUGCUGACUGCGGUUGUUUUUUCAACAUGUCAUUAAAACAGGCAAUACACAACAUCCCAUGGCUCUGACUUAAAGAGAGGACAAUCAUGGCAGCAUCAGCUCUUUGAAAAUGUCCGACACUGACAAAAUAUAAACAUUUAAGCAACACAGAUUUGCUUCUAAAUGUGGGACUGUAUGUUUCUUCUAUAGCUGAUCUUGGAGUCAACAGUUUUUUUUUUUGUUUUUUUUUUUAUCUUUAAGAUUUAUUUUUGGGCCUUUUCAUGCCUUUAUUUUAUAGAGGAAGGGCAGUGGAUAGACUCGGAAAUGGGGAAGAGAGUGGGGAGAGACAUGUGGUAAAGGGCCACAGGCCGGAUUCAAACCUGGGCUGCCCGCGUACAUGGGUAGCGCCUUAAAUCACCAUCUGCGCUCCGGAGUCAACAGUUUUUAACAACAACUUCAAAAGAGCAUUCCUGUAUAUUAAAUCUGUGAAUUGCAAAUAUAUUACUCUUUUAUUGUUUUUAAACUACUCUGAUAUCACACGCGACUUAAACGUUUGCUUUACACUUUUGAAUUGUGUAACUAUUUACCUUAUCAUAUGACUACCAGUGAUCAACUUGGUCAUUUUUGUAAUUUUGUUUAUUUUUGUUUACCUCCAUAUUUUUACUUCAUUUAUAAUAAAAUACUUUCUAAAGACACUUGUAGCAC